AUGGCAACCUCCCUGCUUUCGCUUCUUACCUGGGGGAACAUCAAGUCCCUCGCCCUCUUUUUUGGGCCUGUCCUUCUACCUCGCAUCAUCAACUAUUACCGCACCCUCCGAGCCCAGCUCGCACAUCGCCCUCCUCCUCGACCGAUCCCCGCAGAUGCAAACCGAGCUCUGAAUCUAUUGUUCGGCACCAUUGUCAUCCUUCUCACUCUAAGCGUGCCGUCAAAUCCAUAUGCACCAGCCCCCAACAUCUUCACGCAAACCGGCUCGCGCAUUAACACACCCACUGAAGUCCUCUUCUCCCGUCUAGCUCGGGGCAGACCCGGCAAUAUCCUGACUGAUUACGACAAGUUGCUACAGGCAAAGUUGACUUCGACCGGAGCGCGAAAGAUUUAUUUGCGUUUCGGCCCUGAAGCUCUCUUAUCAUGCCAGUUUUGCGAGCCCGACGACCCGAUGUCAUAUCUGUUAUUUUACCUGCCUCUGAACACACUCGUGCCUCAUCUCCUACAUCUACUUAUUCUCGCAGUAGCCACCGCUGCUCCAUUCGCAGGAACCGAAGCGGCCAGAUGGCGGAAUUGGUUUAUAUUUGCUGCACUAGCGCUGGCCGGAAUUGACUCGUAUACCAUGAGCACUUUCGAUCCGAUCGCAUUUGCAUCGCCAGCGGUUCGCGCUGGUCAGAUUCCUCCAUUGAGUCUGUUCACCAGCAUGAAUAUGAUCCGGUAUCUAUUUUUGGCCGUUUUCGACAGCAUUUGCGCCGCCCUGAUCUACAUUUCUGCCACCCAUCGGUUCUUCUAUAGUCCGCCGUCGCAGAGUGACCAGAUCAACCAGAUUGUUGGCGCCGCUACGGCCGCGUUGACCAACGCCAAUUCUAAGCUACAUAGUCUGAGUGUGACUCGCAAUGCAGUAGUGCGGGACAAGUCGCUCAAGGCUCGCGAUGACUGGUAUUGGCGCACGGCCGUGGCCAUGGAGGGCGCAGGUGAUGCAGGUGCGGGGGAGGAAGAUGGAGGGGGCAGCAUUUGGGAAGAGGAGGAGGUCGUACGGGCCUUGUCAAGAGCAAUGAAUGGUCGCGGUCGCAGUCGAGGGCUGGACAUGGCCCAGCUAGGCAUCAAUGCUGGGGAAUACGUCGACAAGAUCACGGCUGGCUUGGAAAAUGCCGGCGGUGAGAAUGGCUCGACCUAG